AUGACGAGAGUAGCAGCGACGGGCUAUCGGGGACGGGUCAUUAACAGCUACGGGACGCCACGAAUGCGGGAUUCAUGGGACGACUGGCAGGUCAAGAGCGGCCCAGAGGCUACCACGCAGAAGCCAGCCACUCAAUUGCAAUCGAGGCCGCAAGGAACGUCACAGGAACCUACCGAGCCAGGGAACCCUGAGGACAACCCGUACGCAGCAGCAACCGAGACACCGGCGCCGAUGUCCGAAAUAGCUGCAUUACACGCAGCGGUACGACGAUUGGCCGGCGUGGUGGAGGAGUUGAAAAUAGACGUGAACCCGCGAGCAUCGGGCAAACAACGACGUCAAUACGCCACAGAAGACCAACGCCAAACGAGCGAGGAUGAACGAGGUCGCGAAGAAGAAUGGGCAGCGCAACAGGAGACGCUGCCUGCAACGACCACAGCUGAUGAUGACGAAGCGUGUGGGACCCCGCCAGUCGACAAGUGUGACACGAGCUCAGACGAUGAAGAGAGUGACAGUGAGGGCCGAAGACCCCGGAUGGACCGACACCAUCGCAGAGGUGAUGCCGAAGCCGACGCCAGACGCUGGAGAGCUGCAAGACGAGUGAUCAAAGACCUGGAACAACCGUCUUUUACGCCGACGACAGGAGGAUCCGUAGCAACGUGGAUCGAUCGCGUAGAUUUGGCACUACGAGGGGCACGAGAAUCGGGGUGCGCAGAGUUAACAGACCGAUCGUUGUACUUCGCGUUGGGACCGAAGCUUCAAGAUAGCGCUGCAAGGUGGUUUGUUAAUCGAGAUCGGAGAUUCGCUUCGCAGAGAUCGAGGACUUGGACGAACUUGAAACGAAUGCUGUUGGGACGCUACGCUUCGAGGUUGGACCUGGCCGCGGCUGAAUGGAGAGUGAACUCGAGGAAGAUGGAGGCGGGCGAGACGUACGCAGACUUCGCCGCGAAAUUGAGAGAUGCAGCCGAUCGGAAACCGGUGAGUGGACGAGUGUUGAUGGCGCAGUUUUACCGCGAACUGGACAAAACCACAAGACAACUGAUCAAACAAGCACCGGAGCCACGAGAUCUUGAAGAGGCAGCGGAAAAGGCAGCGGAAAUUGAUGACCCAGCUGAUAACGUAGCACAUGGGAUGCAGAAUACUGAACAACCAUUCCCUGCGGCGAAUUUGCCAGUAGUACAGUUGGAAAGCGCGAAUGGUCAAGUAAUGGUGGUCCCAGGUGUUGGCAGAGUACUAGUGUCAGCAAAUACGAGAACCAGUAGGACGAAAGACGAAAGCGACGACGAUUCUGAACCAGAAGCUUUUGCAUUGUUCACGAACCCACAGGGAGCUUACAAUAAAUUCACGGGAGUGAUGGAGCAUCCACCGGGUCACUCGUGGAAUGGUAGGUUCUGGAAACAGAAGAAAUGUGGAAACCGACGAAAGGCAGCAGCUAAGAAGGCAGAACCUCAGAAGCCCAAACGAAGAUGA